AUGACCUGCUGUGGCUCCUUCUCCUCCCAGAGCUGUGGAGGCUGCUGCCAGCCCUGCUGCUGCCGCGACCCCUGCUGCUGCCGCCCAGUGUCCUGCCAGACCACAGUGUGCCGCCCUGUGACCUGCGUGCCCCACUUCACCAGGCCCAUCUGCGAGCCCUGCCGCCGCCCCAUCUGCUGUGACCCCUGCAGCCUGCAGCAGGGCUGCUGCCGCCCCAUCACCUGCUGCCCCACCUCCUGCACAGCUGUGGUCUGCAGACCCUGCUGCUGGGCCUCCACCUGCUGCCAGCCCAUCUCUGUGCAGGCUCCGUGCUGCAGGCCCCCCUGCUGCCAGCCUGCCCCCUGCCGCACCACCUGCAGGACCUCCCCCUGCAACACCUGCUGCUGA